CGUAUGUGUUUCCUGACUAUUUCAUUUUCAUUUUCUUUUCCUUUUCUAUUUCCUCUUUUAUCAUCACAGAAUCUUCCAUUAUACGAGUUAUGUAGAUACUAGGAAAGGCAUUAUACCCACAUGAAAUCUCCCAAACUCUGAAUGGCCAAUGAUAUGCAGAUUGUCAUUCUGCUCCUACCGACUAACUACUCACUAACGACUAGUAGUUUAUAGGGUAGGUAGGGGUCCGAGUACUAGUAGCGCGCAGCUAUUAAGCACGCAUACAUUCUUUCUCAGCCGCAUUUCUUCUCAACUCCUCUCUCUCCUUUUACUUUUCCCCCUUUGGAAGUCACUCUCAGGAUGCCUUGUUAUACACUCCACUCAGGCAAGAUUUCAUCCAAUUUUGAUGUGGAUUCGGCUUGUGGAGUCGCAAAUUCCACACACCCAUAUGUACAAUGCUGUGUGAAGGGGGAUUAUUGCAUGAGCAAUGGCAUCUGUCAAUAUCAGAAUAACGGCGUAUCAGGCUACUAUGCCGCCGAUUGCACCGAUCCAACCCUUCAGGAUCCGGCCUGCAUGACCCGAUGCGGUGGCCACGAGUUUUCGGAUUUGACGUACGACGAAUCGUCAGGGCUCUGGGCAUGUUGUAGUUAUAAUAGUGAUGGAAAGAAAAAUUGCUCGAACCCCACGGACGAGAAAUUCCCGGCUCCAAUGCCGAGCGACCUCGCUACCAUACAAUAUCUGCCUACGACCGGCACCCCGAGCUAUCCUACGGCGACAGCAAGCGACGUCACUUCCACACAAUCCUCGAGUUCCGGCAGUCAUAUUGGAGCCGGUGCUGCGGCUGGCAUUGGGGUUGGGGUUGGAGCGGGUGUAUUUCUGAUUGCAAUUACUGGUGCAUUUUGGUAUUUUCGACGCCGGAAACCGCCACAGUCACAGCAAUCAUCGAAGCCUACAUCUUUUCAACCUCUAUGGGUCGGGCCAGAGGCGGAAACCCAUCAAUUGGAUUCACAACAGAGGGCUGAGCUUGGGAAACCGGAGCCCCGCCCCCAUGAGCUUGCCUGAGAAGGUCUUCAUCUUAUACCCGCUCAUUUGCAGCUGUCACGCCGUAUCAUGUGGAUUCUUUCGUUUGAAAUAGUUUCAUUUAUUCAUAAGCUUAAUAGAUUAUACUAGAAUAUAU